AUGCCGUCUCCCAACAAGACUAUCGCCAUCAUCAACGCCGGCGGACGGCAGGCCUCUUCUCUCAUCAGAUAUGUCACUGCUGUGGGAUACCACGUGAGAGCCCAGAUGCGAAAUCUCGAAGGCGUCGUCGCGGACGAGAUCAGGCAAAAUCCCCACGUAACUCUGCUGGUGGGCGAGCUCUACACGAGGCAAGGGGCUACAUCUGAAAAAGCAGAUGUAACUCAAAGUGGACCCAUGUACGGGAUAGGGGUAAAUCACCAGCUGAUUUCGGAGCUUUUCCGAGGGGCACAGCUUGCCUUCAUCAACACGACAUUCUAUGGCGACGAAAUGAAAAUUGGUGAAGCUCUGGCCGACGCAGCAAAGAGGGCCGGCAUCCAGCACUAUGUCUAUUCGUCCAUGCCUGAUCAUCAUUCCUACAACGAAGACUGGCCGAGCUUACCACUCUGGGCACCCAAACAGAAGGUCGAGGAGUAUGUGAAGCAGAUUGGACUUCCGGCCACCUUUGUGUAUACGGGGAUUUACAACAACAAUUUCACCAGCUUGCCAUAUCCCCUCUUUUGCAUGGAAAUGCAGCCGGAUGGCUCUUUCGUGUGGCAAGCGCCCUUCCAUCCUGAUGCCAAACUUCCCUGGCUGGACGCAGAGCAUGAUGUCGGACCAGCGAUCCUCCAGAUAUUCAAGGACGGGGUGGGGAAGUGGGGCGACAAGCGCAUAGCGCUUGCAUACGAGCUGUUGUCCCCGCGCGAGGCGUGCGAACAGUUCGAGAAGGGCGUUGGCCGACCGGUCCGAUAUGUCAGGGGUGAGAUCGAGCUCAAGGUGAAGAUCCCCGAGGGCUACAGGAUACAGCUUGAGUCCCUGGAGAAAUUAUUUGGCCUAGGCGGUGACGACCCCGCAAAGCAACCCCCUUACUUCGGCGAUAGUGCGCUUGAGGAGAGCUGCCUUCACGACUCGUUGCAGCUGUGGGAAGGCCCUCGAGGCCUGGAGGAGUACGCGAGAGAAAUCUUCCCAUUGGAGGAGCAUGCCAACGGACUCAGAUGGAUGGAGGAUGACAUCGAGGGCGAAGAACAAGAUCCAAACGAGGAGGAGUACGAGGUAGUUGGCUCGCCUGGUAAAGGGCAGUCUGGUUACGAUGAGGACAGCGAGUCCGAAGACGAGGUCCUGGAGAUGAAGAGGCCUGCGAGAGGCGAUCAGGAGUGGCUUGCCUAG